AUGGAAGCGAAAGGUCAAGAGCUAGAAUUAUGGUUGCCUAAAAAUGGCAUCCCUCAGAGGUCGCAGAAGGAUAUAAAGUUGCAGAUCAUGGAAAAGGUAGAACAAGAAUUUGAAGAAAACAGGAAUGUUGACUUGGAUAAUUUCCUCCCUACUCUUCCCAUGGAUCUUGAAAACCAGAUCAAAAGUUGUAUGCCGUUGACUAGGUUGAAGAAGGUGCGAGUACUUCAAAACAUGGAUGAACAAGUGUUAAAAGCAAUUUGUCAGCAUCUCAAGCCCAUGAAGUAUUCUAAAAACAAUCUCAUUCUUCGAGAGGGCGAACCCCUUAAAAUGAUGAUCUUCAUUGUAGAAGGACAUGUAGCCAUUGAAAAGAAAGGCGGUUCCAUUUUGCUGCAAGGUGCAAGAGAAUUAUGUGGAGAAAAUCUUCUAGCUUGGCCGUUCUCGACCUCUUUUCCUCAGACGUUACCCACAGCAACAGAGUCUGCUAGGGUAAUUGGUGAUGUUGAAGCACUUAUUCUAAUGGCCAGUGAUAUGAAGAGUGUUGUCUUUAAAUUCGGGGUGCAUUUCAUCAAAAAGUACGGAAAACUCAAAGAAAAAUUGGUCGAUCUUCAUCUAGGACCUGUUGAUACAACACCAACAUUUGUUGAGACAACACCAACAUUUGUUGAGGGAUCGCCCACAAUCUUUACUGCACGAGAGCUUAAAAAGGCCACGAAAAAUUACCAUGAAAGUACAAGGGUUGGUGAAGGAGCCUGUGGAAUAGUUUACAAAGGGUUACUACCAGAUAAAAAAGUUGUUGCCAUAAAAAAGUCCAUGAUUAUGCAUGCGACAUCCACGAGUGUUAACUCCGUUAAAGAGGCUCUUAUUCUUUCUCAGAUCAACCACAGAAACAUCGUCAAGCUUUUAGGUUGUUGUUUAGAGGCAAAAGCGAGUUUAAUGGUUUAUGAGUUCGUGGACAAAGGGUCUCUCUAUCAGCAAAUUCACAAAGAAGGCAUAGGAUCCGGACUCUCAUUUGAAUUAAGAAUGAAGAUAGCAGCAGAAACUGCAGGAGCAUUAGCAUACUUGCACGCCAUGUCAAUCAUACACCGAGAUUUGAAGACAAUAAAUAUAUUAUUGGAUAAAAAUUACACAGCAAAAGUUGCAGACUUCAGCGGUUCACGAUUGGUUGACGAAGAUCACGAUCAAAUAUCAACUUCAGUGCAAGGGACACUCGGAUACUUAGAUCCUGAAUACAUUCAAUCAGCAACGCUAACAGAAAAGAGCGAUGUCUACAGCUUUGGAGUUGUCCUAUUGGAGCUUCUAACAAGUCAAAAGGCAGUGUCUUUUGAAAGGUCUGCCGUAGACAGAAACCUAGCAAACUUCUUUCUUCGCUCAAUGGAACGAGGUCACUUAGUUCAAAUUCUUGAUGGUGAAAUAAUCAACGUGGGGAAUUUUGAGACAGCAGAAAAAGUAAGCUAUCUGGCGAAAAGAUGUUUGAAGGUUAGAGGGGAGGAAAGGCCUUGUAUGAAAGAAGUAGCCGCCGAGCUCGAGGGGAUAAUGCGAAGCAUGGAAAAGCAUCCAGGAGGAAAGGCUAAUUUUUCUCCAUCUCCCAAAGAAACUGACUGCUCGCUUGGUUCACCUUCAAACGCUUAUGUUGUGGAUGUUAGAGGUGAAGGUGAUGAUGCUGGUUCUAGUCGUAUUAUUAUCAGUGCAGAGGAUGACAAGAGCAUGCAAAAUCCAAAUGAUUGA